CCGAGUUUCUAUUACGAUGGAACAAACUUUACAAGAUGCUUUGGACUGGGCAGGUGAUAUUAUUGAGACUGUACGGCAGCAGCCCCCUCCAGUAAGACCCGCAUCUAGUGGGGAAAAAUCUCUUCAGGAAAAACUGUAUGAAAUUUAUGUGGAGGAAUGUGAGAAAGAGCCUGAAGUAGAGGGCCUUCGAAGCAAUGUCAACUUGCUAGAGAAGCUUAUGAAGAGAGAGGCGUUGCCAUGUUUAGUGGUCAACCUGUACGCAGAAAAUCAGGGCUACUCUCUCCUGCUCAAGGACAAAAGUGGGUCAUUUUCAGAGCCCUUUCAGUUGCCUUAUGAAGUAGAGAAACUUCUCGAAUACUUGGAUGCUGAAGAGUUACCCUCUUUUCUGAUCGAUGCCCUGGAAAAGUCCCCUGUGAAUGUGUUUCACUGUGGGUGUGUCAUAGCAGAAAUCCGAGACUACAGGCAGUGCAGUACCAGCUGCCCUCCUGGGCAGCCUGGUUCAGAGCCUACUGUGUCAUCUGCUGAGUCUGCUGUGUCCUCUACUGUGUCCUCUACUGCCUACCAAAUACGUCAUGUUCUCUUACGUCCGACGAUGCAGACGCUAGUGAGUGAUGUAGAGUCCAUUACAAGUGACAACCGUCAGUGGACCCAGGAAGAAAAACUUGAGCUCGAGAGCCAAAUGAUCUUGGCUACAGCAGAGCCACUGUGUCUGGAUCCCUCUGUUACUGUCACCUGCAUGGCCAACAGACUGCUGUUUAAUGAGCAGAAGAUGAACGCUGACCCCAUGAGGCAAUGCUUCAAGAGGCAUGCAUGCUCCUCUCUGGAUCCACAGGAGGUACCAUCUGGGUGUGUGUGUCCCCCUGACUGCACAACAAUGACUCCUUUGAAAAAACAGGCAAAACUAACAGCAGAUAACCCAUCUCAGCUGAAGAUUGAUGAAGCAGAAACAUGGAAGCAGACACUCUGUGAACUGACUCUGCCUUCAGAGAUGGACUUGCAGAAAUAUGUUAAAGAGUUGCCUUCUCUGACCUUUGAUGAGUCAGAAUCAGCUGUCUUGGAAGAUCCUGAGGUAAAAUAUGAUUGUAUGUUUGAUUCUGAGGAUGACAGUCCAUUUUGGGUUAUGAAUCCAAGUAUCAUGAAGACCCUUGAUGAUCCACUUUUUGCUGAUGAAAUAGACCCACCUCCACAGGCCAGAAGUGAUAGCAACAUGUAUUUCCCUCCCAUGUCACUGGAUGAUUAUGUAGAUGAUUUCAUUGCUGGGAUAAACACUGAGCCUAGGGAGACAGUGGCUGUGGGCCAAGAGCCUGUCCAGAGCCAAGCCAGGUGUUUAGAUCAGAUGCCACAGGAGUUUAAUAGCUCAGUCUGUCAUCUUCAGCCCUCCCUAGGAAAGAAGCCCACAACCAGUGUAGUGGCAGCCUUAGAGAAAGAAAGCAGACCCCCUCUGCCAGUUUCAGCUGUCCCCAUGUCAGAACAGGCCUCCUCAGCUGUCAGGUCCAUUACACCACAGGCUGGCCAGGACAAACCACCUGCUCCUAAAGCAGCCACUGUGGUUCGGAAAACCAUUGUGGGAGUGAACAGGGUUAGCACCCUUCCUCCAGCUGUCCGAUCCAAUGCUAGGUCAUCAGAAAACAACCCAAAGAUCCAGCACACCACCAGCACUACUGGUGUGAAUGUCAUCCAUUUAGUAAGGUCUCUGCCAAACUCUUCUGGGAGUAAUUCAACCCAGGUCCCAGGCAGCUCAUCUAGUGCCCCAGCUGCUGAGGGAAACACUCCAAAUAGCCUUUUACCAACCAGGGAGCAGCUACCUAGGCCAGCACAGCGCCCUGUGAAGCCACCUAUGCAACUCAUUAUAAAUAAUACAGCGAGUCCCUUAACUGUAAGGCUUCCCCCUGGCUCUGUCAUUUUGCGCCCAGAGCCUCAGAAGAAAUCCCAGGGACAGCUGCAGCAGCCACAGCAAAUAUAUGUAUUGAUUCCAAAACAGCAUCAGCCACCCAGGACCCCUGCCACCCCACAGCCACAAACAGUGUCACCAGCUUCCCCCCAAGUGUCUAACCAUCAGCAGUUGUCCUUGUCAGCUCAGCAAACUAGUCACCUUAACACUGAGCAAACUGGUCGCCUUCGCACUGGGGGGACUAGUGUGGUUCAGCAGAACCAGAGAUCAGUGGUGUGUCAGGUGGGUUCUACCCAGCAGAGUCACAGGCAGAGUGUUCGUUCCCAGAGGUUCCAACUCUCUGCUACCCUGGUACAGCAGAGGCAGACUCAGACCCAGAAUGUGCAAUUAAGAAUCAUACCACGCCUAAUGACUAUGUCCACAGCAGACACUCAGUACUCUGAGUGUGGUCCUGCAGCUGGUGAACCCAGUGAGAGUGCAGCAGGAGGUCCACCAACCACCCCAAGGUCCUAA